AUGACGCAAGACGCACCAUCCCCUCCGCCCGGGCGGACAUGGGGUUCUCUUUUCACCCGGAAAGCGGCUGGAGAGAAGGCUUCUCGGCAGAAAUCUGGUCCAUCAAGAUGGUCGAUGGGAAUCAUGGAAGACUCGGAGACGAUUGAAGUUCCAGGCUCCGUCCUUUUGCUGGCCGCAGACCACAACGAGCCUCUCGGUCUCCGGAAUGCCCCAGCCAGGACAUCCCACUCGUCCAUCCCCACCGGCAUCAUCCACCAAGCACCGGAGGAGCCGCCGGAGCAGCAGGGCCCCAAGAAGACGCCAGAUGGCAAGUUCAUCUUGGACCCCCAGCCCGAGGACUCGGCCAACGACCCCCUCAACUGGCCCGCAUGGAGGCGAGACAUCGCCCUGCUGUCCCUGGGCCUGUUCUGCAUGGUCGGCGGUGGUACCACGCCUUUGCUGGCGGCGGGGUUCACGGACGUUGCCAACGAGUACGACGUCGAUGUCCACAGCGUCUCUCUCACGACGGGGCUGUACAUGUUGGGCAUGGGUCUCGGCUCCAUCAUCUUCUCGCCUACCGCCAUCUUGUACGGCAAGCGGCCCGUCUACCUCUUUGGCGCCGUGCUCUACAUCGCCACCUCUGUCUGGUGUGCUGCAUCGCCCAACUUCACCUCGCUUAUCCUAGCGCGUAUCUUCCAGGGGAUUGCGGUUAGCCCGGUUGAGUGUCUGCCGUCUGCCACUAUUGCUGAGAUUUUCUUCCUCCACGAGCGUGCGUUCCGCAUUGGAAUUUACACCCUUCUCCUGCUCGGUGGCAAGAACCUUGUGCCACUUGUCAGUGCGGCCAUUAUCCAGAGCAUGGGAUGGCGUUGGGUAUUUUGGGUUGUCGCCAUCGUGGUGACCGUCUGCGGCCUGCUCCUGUUCUUCUUCGUGCCCGAAACAUUCUGGGACCGCGCCCCCGUUCCCCGCAAGCUGAAGAAGUCCAAGUCGCGCCCGAGCAUCUUCCGCCGGCUUUCGUCCCGGCAGGAUGUCCUCCGUGCGACGCCUAUCCCCACCGCCCGCCCGUCGAUGGACAUCCACCACCACCACCACGCCGCGGACCACCCCAUCCAACCCCUUACCCCUGGCGCUCGCUCCAAGGGCCAGCACGUCGCCUUCGCCCCUCCGGGAGGUGUAAAGUUUGCCGACGCUUCCAGCGAGGAGUCGACUAACCGCGGUUCCGGCGAGAACAACCCGACCACUACUGAGAAGGAAGCCGAAGCGGCGGCGACGGCUAGCGAUGGGGGCUCAGCCGGCGAAAACGACAGCUAUUUCCCACCUCAGCCCACCACCACCACCACCACCUUCCUCCGCCCCCCCUCGCCCGCCGCAGCAGCAGCAGCAGCCAGACUCACAGUCCCCGGCACCCCCCACACCCCCCGCACCCCCGAAACCCCCGCCGUCCACUCCCACUUCCACCACCACGACCACGGCGCCAGCGACCACCACUACGAAACCGACACCGAAUCCCAAUCCGUCCGCAGCGGUUCCUUCCGCUCCACAGCAGCAGCCCCCGGCACCGGCAUGCCCCUAGCUUACACCGCCGCGCUCCGGGACCAGCCCGCCCUCUCCUUCGUCCAAGCCCUCAAGCCCUUCCACGGCCGUCUCAACAAAGACAAAUGGCACAAAGUCGCCAUCCGCCCCUUAAUCCUAUUCACCUACCCCGCCGUUCUCUGGUCCGCGGUGGUGUAUGCCUGUUCGGUGGGGUGGUUGAUUGUGAUUUCGGAGUCGGUGGCCGUGAUUUACCGCGAGGGGAUCUACGAGUUUAAUGCGUUGCAGACGGGGUUGGUGUACAUUAGCCCCUUUGUGGGGGGGAUUCUGGGGAGUGCGGUGGCGGGACGGGUGUCGGACGUUAUUGCCAAGGCGAUGGCGAGGAGGAAUGGCGGGUUGUAUGAGCCCGAGUUUCGGUUGGUGAUGGCGAUCCCGAUCGCGGUGACGACGGUGAUUGGGCUGAUGGGGUUUGGGUGGUCGGCGCAGAUCCAUGAUCAUUGGAUGGUGCCGACGGCGUUUUUUGGGAUUAUCUCGUUUGGGUGUACGAUGGGGUCGACGACGAGCAUUACUUUUUGCGUCGACAGUUAUCGGCAGUAUGCGGGCGAGGCGCUGGUUACGUUGAACUUUAGCAAGAAUGUCUUGCAUGGGUUGGUGUUUAGUUUGUUUGUUACCGGAUGGAUCUCGAGUGAUGGGCCCAAGUCGGUGUACAUCUGGAUUGGGGUCAUUCAGCUGAUUUUGUUGCUGUUUACCAUUCCGAUGUAUAUCUUUGGGAAGCGGUUGCGCAUGUGGACGGUGCGGAGGAACUUCAUGGAGAGGUUCUAA